UCCGCCCCCUGCCCGCAUCCUGCCCAUCCAUUAACCUCUUGCUUACCAGGCACUUAUACCCCCUUCCUGCCUACCGGGCACUUCUACCCCCUUCCUGCCUACAGGUCACUUCUACCCCCUUCCUGCCUACCGGGCACUUCUACCCCCUUCCUGCCUACCGGGCACUUCUACCCCCUCCUUCCUGCCUACCGGGCACUUCUACCCCUUCCUGCCUACAGGCACUUCUACCCCCUUCCUGCCUACAGGGCACUUCUACCCCCUUCCUGCCUACAGGACACUUCUACCCCCUUCCUGCCUACCGGACACUUCUACCCCCUUCCUGCCCACCGGGCACUUCUACCCCCUUCCUGCCUACCGGGCACUUCUACCCCCUUCCUGCCUACCGGACACUUCUACCCCCUUCCUGCCUACAGGGCA